AUGCCAAGUGCCUCCCCAAGCACCAGCCCAGCAGCACCCUCUGGCAGUCCAACCAGCCUUGCAGCACGGCCCCGAGCGAAGCCUGCAAGCUCCUACCCCCAAGUGCAGCACAAAGCCCAAGCUCCUCCCCAAGUGGCAGCCCCACCGCCAUUGCCAAGUGCCUCCCCAAGCGUGAGCCCCAGCAGCAGCCCCUCUGGCAGUCCCACCGCAAUGCCAAGCGCCGGCCCCAGCGAAAGCCCAAGCUCCUCCCAAGUGGCAGCCCCACCGCCAUGCCAAGUGCCUCCCCAACGUGAGCCCCAGCAGCAGCCCCUCGGCAGUCCCACCGCAAUGCCAAGGCGGCCCCAGCGAAAGCCCAAGCUCCUCCCCAAGUGGCAGCCCACCGCCUGCCAAGUGCCUCCCCAAGCGUGA